AUGAUUAACAAAAAAGUGGCCUCACAAGAUAAUUCACUUUCUACAUCAAAAAUCAACGGAUCAUUGAAUAAAAACAACAUUUUAUCAGAUAUAAGCUCUAGUGAAGAGUUCAGAGUUUCUCUGAGCUCUGAUAACUCUCAUAUGGAUUCCAAGUUUCUAAAAGUUACAAAAUAAAUCGCCGAAGAAAUCUGCCAAGAAGACUGUGAAGAAGAUUAAAGAAAUAAAAUUAAAUAAUUUGAAAACUUCUAAAAGAAAGAAAGGUAUGAAAAUGCCAAAUAUUAUGAAGUACAAGAACUCAAGAGUCAGGUCUCAGUUGAAGCAGUUCCAAUCCCCACUGACUAGUCCUCAGUAUGCAACAAGAAACCGGAUAAGGGUUAAUUUUUCCAAGAGGAAUAAACCAAAAGUUAAUGAGAAGACCUCUGAGAACGUUCUCUCUGCCACUCAGUUACCCCUGAUAAACAAGAAUCGAAGAAUGGUGUUGUUUCAUAAUGAUGCUCAUGUUAAGAGUAAAGAUGAAUUUGUGAAUCUAAACCUGACAGAAUUCGACACUCAAGAAGAGAAAAACUCGAAUGAAGCUCUUGACCGAUUCUAUGCAAUCAAGCCUAUUGAUCGAUCUCUACAGAAGCAGAAAUAGUUUCGAACUAAAGAAUAAUAAAGGCAAAGUUUUGAAAAAUAUUCGAAAAUCAAUCGAUCAAGGGAGUAAAGUGAAGAAGAACUUCAACGUCCCUGGAAGAACCAAGAGAAGGUUUAAAUAAAUCUAGAAUGAAUGAUAAGAGAUUUGAUAAUUUGUUGAUCAAUCCUAAAUCUCAAGACUCAACCCAGCCAGUAAAGCCUUUGAGUAUUAGCCAGAAUGUAUCUCGUUCAGAUAGAGAAGGCAAGGGGCUAUCCAAACCAAAAAUUUCAUACAUGAGCACUUCAAUUUUGCAGAAUGUUACUAGUAAGGAUCAAGAAGGAAGGUCUGGCGUUCAAAAGGAAGGAAAUGGGACUCGAAACCAAAACCUUAUUUCAAAAGCACAACCUUUGGUUAAGCCUAAUGCAUUUGAAGUGCUGGGCAGAACCCAGACUUUUGAUGACAAAGAUCUGUCUGACAUUCAAGGAUUUGACGAUAUUGGUGAAAAAUCACUAGAAGAACUUAUAGAUAAUGAUCUUGAAAAGAAUCCUCUUGAGAAAAUGGAUAUAGUUAUCAAAAAGAUCCAAUCAGAUCUAGAUAAUAUCCAGAGAGGAGAAACAGAGAGGAUAAGUCAGAUCGAUUACAUAGAAGUGUGUCUCAGGAAGAUAAUCUCAGUAAGGUCUGAAUUCUUCAUGGAGCACGUCAAAUCCCUUAUAAAAAUUUAAGGAUGACACUAUAAAAUCACUUAGCAAAAAGCUGAGCAACUCUAAUGAACUAAAAUCCGAAAAUGCUCAACUUAAGAACCAAAACGAGGAACUCAGGCAAAACCAAGUGGACCUAACUCAUAAAAUAGACGUACUUCAGGAGAAAAACUUCCACAUGCGUCAAAAACUAAUCUCCAAGUCAAUUUCCCCUCUCAAAGACAUGAGCCAGGACAGGAGUCCCCGAAAGAUGUCAAAGCACUACACAAAUUCCCUCCAGAAAGAAAUCUCUUACCUAAACAAACCUGCUGACAAACGGAUGUCAAUGUUCAGCCAAGAUUUCAGUAGGAUGCAUAAGGAUAUCCAAAAAGGUAAAUUCUAAAGAAUUCCCCGGUCAGAUACUUUCAAG